AUGAAUUUAGUACUGCUGCUGCUGCUGCAUCACUUGGUGGCGCCGCUUCGCCGGCGUUCUCGGACAUAUCGGAUGAUGCGCCCACUCUUGAAAAAGAAGUUUGUUUUGAAUGUCGCAGAUAGAUCGGAGGAGCGUUCGUUGGAUCGAAUCAAAGAGCUAGUAAAUAACACUGAUAAGGCACCAUUGGGCCAACUCAGUUUGUCAGCAGAAAAUGAAAAAACAAGCAGCAACAUGACAAAAAGUGCACAUGGCCCCACAAAUCUGUUAUGUCCUGUGAGCGCAUCAGCUACGACCACAGUAAACACAUUGGGCACAAAGAAGAUAGAUGUGAAGUCACAGGCGCAGUCAAACACAGUUGGUGCAUUUGGCUCACCCUUCAUCGAUCCAUCUUCGUUUGCUGGUUUACGCCCUCCGGCAUCCGUUCCGAUGAGCGUCCCGAGUUUAUCCACUGCUCCCACACUGCCAGUUUUUGUGCAACCAUACCUUAUGCCAUUCAUCGCGCCAUCAGUGAGUAAUGCCCCAACAGCGGGAAUUUCGCAGUCCCCAUCAACUCCGAAGCAUAAAAUACAUGAUUUGAAGGCCAGCUCAUCCGGCAUAAUUUCCUCGCACGCAAAGGAGAGCAGCACAGUUCAGCCAUCUUCAGUCGUUGCUUCACCAAGCUCUCGACCUUUAUCACGAGGAGCACCAGGUAAUAUGCUGGCAACGAAGCAAGUGGUGCAUCCGCAGUCAGUGAAUCAGAGUGUUUCCUCGGGAAACUCAUUUACCGCACUACAGUCACUAGCAUCUGGCGGCAGCGACCGUACGCCGAACGCGCAGUCAUCAGCGCUCAAUUUUAUGCAACAACAACAGCAACAGCAGCAGGCUUACUUUGCUCAACUGCAGCAGCAGCAACAGCAAAUGCAAUACAUGCAACGAUUUGGCUUUCCGAUGGCUGGCCCACCGAAUGCGGCCGCUGCGCAGCAGGCUUUUGAACAAAUGGCCGCACUGCAUGCUUCGUAUAGCUUUCCGGGAUUGUUCUUGCCGCCAGCGUUCCCACCGAAAUGA